AUGCGAUCGUUCAGAGAAGGAACGCUGUGCAGAUUCGAUUUCCUCGGGAUCAAUGAUGUAGGCAUGCUUGGGAAAUCGGAGCACGAUGGAGGCAAUAUGAAGAGGACUCAAGUGUUGGUAAAUUUCAUAACAGCCUUUGGACUCGUCUACACGUGCUCGGGAGGAGCCCAGGUCAUCGGAGGCAUCUACUUCGUAUUUAUUCUCCCCACUUUCGAAACAUGGUCCAAUAUCUGGACCGGGCUGUGGAUUUUGAAACAUGGAAAAACUUCUGAAAAUGCCAAAAAGGAAGAUCUUGAAUAA